AUGGCUAGUUUUUUACCAGACAAAGUUGAUUACAAGAAUGUUGAUACCUUGUUAUUAUUAUGUGAUGGAAUUAUUCAUGAAACUACGGUGGAUGAGAUCAGGAAUGUAAUUGAUCCAAACUUCCCAGAGGAUAAAUACGAGGAAUAUGUGAAAACUUUCACUAAGCCAUCACAAACCCCCGGAUUUAGAGAAACUAUCUAUGAUAUAAUCAAUGCAAAUACUACUGACGCAAUUCAUCUGUUUAUUAUUUUGACAACUGCUUUAGAUUCAAGAAUUUUGGCUCCAACUUUGACCAAUUCUUUAACCCCAAUCAGGGAAAUGAGUUUACCAGAACGUGAAAGAUUAUUGGCUUCGUGGCGUGACUCUCCUAUUGCAGCAAAGAGAAGAUUAUUUAGAUUGGUUUCUUCGCUCACGUUAAGCACAUUCGUUAGAUUGGCUAGUGACUUGCAUUUGAAAGCCAUCCAUUACCCUGAAAGAGAUUUACGUGAAAAGGCAUAUGAAUCCCAGGAAAUUGAUCCUUUCAAGUACCUGUUUGAAGAGAAGCCUAAAUUUGAUGGUGCUGAAUUGUAUUUGCCUGAUAUUGAUGUUAUCAUCAUUGGAUCUGGUGCUGGUGCUGGUGUAGUAGCCCAUACAUUAGCAAAUGAUGGUUACAAGACUUUAGUUUUGGAAAAGGGAAGAUAUUUUAGUAACUUAGAAUUGAAUUUUAACGACAAAGAUGGGGUCCAAGAAUUGUACCAAGGAGGUGGUGCUUUGACCACUACUAACCAGCAAAUGUUUAUUCUUGCAGGCUCCACUUUUGGUGGUGGUACCACUGUCAAUUGGUCAGCUUGUCUUAAAACUCCAUUUAAAGUACGUAAAGAAUGGUAUGACGACUAUGGUGUUGAAUUU